CACAGUUAACAUCCUUAGUUGUAGUUUGGUCUUUUGCAGCAUGGGAAAACGUGGUGAGGAAGAAGAGUGUGUUGGUUUCAGCUACGAUGUGUUCAUUAGCUUUCUAGGUGAAGAUACUGGGAACAAUUUUGUAGGGCAUCUCCGUAAAGAGUUGGGUAGGAAGGGAAUGGUGACUUUGAAUGACGAGAGUGAUAUGAGGACAGAGGAAGGUCUUUCACCUGCUGUGUGUGAGGCCAUUGAAGAAUCUAGGAUUUUCAUCGUUGUGUUUUCUGAGAACUAUGCAUCUUCCACAUGGUGUCUGGAUGAACUUGUUAAGAUUAUCGAACGCACCCACACGAACAGUAAGCAAGUUGUUUACCCAGUGUUCUACCAUGUAGAUCCCUCAGAUAUACGGAAAAUGAGAAAUAGUUUCGGAAAACACAUGACGGCACACGAAAAUGAGAUUGGAAAAGAGUCGCAGAGAAUGCAGGCUUGGAGGUCUGCUUUGUCUGAAGCAGUUAACUUGCCGGGGAUGCAUGUUACCACCGGGUAUGAAAACAAUUUUAUUGAAAAAAUUGUUAAGAAAGUUCGUAAAAGCAUAGCUCCUAAGCCUUUGUCUACCGGUGAAAAUCUUGUUGGACUGGAGCCCCACAUAGAAGAGGUUAUGUCACUUUUGGAUAUGAAUAAUGAUAAAACUGUAAGGAUGUUGGGCAUAUAUGGGCUUGGUGGAAUUGGAAAAACGGAACUUGCCAAAGCUUUGUAUGACAAAAUUGUGCAAAACUUUGAUGCUGCAAGUUUUCUUGCCGGUGUUAGAGAAAAAUCAAACACAAUCAAUGGCAUGGAAGAACUGCAAAAGACACUUUUAUCUGAGAUGUUAGAGGAGUCGGAAACUAUGUUGGGAAGUACCAAUAAAGGAAUUUAUGAAAUAAAACGAAAGCUUUGCCGAAAGAAAGUUCUUUUGGUUCUUGACGACGUUGACGAUAAAGAGGAGUUAGAAAAUUUGGCAGGAGGUUGUGAUUGGUUUGGUGUAGGUAGUAGGAUUAUUAUUACGACAAGGGAAAAAGAUGUCCUAAUUGCUCACCAUGUUGGACAUAUUUAUGAAAUGAAGGAACUUGAUGAACAACAUUCUUUGGAGCUCUUUUGUUGGAAUGCCUUCGGACAAGGGGAGAGAAUGGAAUAUGUGAAAAAGAUACUUAAGGAAUUUUGUUCAACAUCCAACAUGAAAGUACUUGUCAAUAAAUCACUCAUAACUAUCGAGAAUGACAGGCUGAAGAUGCAUGAUCUAAUACAAGAUAUGGGUAGACAGAUUGUUAGGCAGGAAGCACCAGAUAAUCCUGGACAACGUAGCAGAAUAUUGGAUUACGAAGAUGUUAUUGAAAUACUAACGAAAGAUUCGGGAAGUGAUAAGAUUCAAGGGAUUAAGCUAGAUCCUCCUAAGCAAGCAGAAGUAAAAUGGAGUGGAACUGAGUUUGGGAAAAUGAAAUGGCUCAGAAUUCUAAUUGUUCGAAACACAUCCUUUUCAUCUGAACUUCAACAUUUACCAAAUCAUUUAAGACUACUUCACUGGGACAACUAUCCUUCAAAGUCUUUCCCCCAAAAAUUCCAUCCAAAGAAAAUCGUUGUUUUCAAUUUGCCUAGAAGUUCUCUAACAUUCCAAGACCCAUUCAAGAAAUUUCCAUGCUUGACUAAUAUGGACUUUUCAUAUAACCAACGUAUCAUCGAAAUACCUGAUGUGUCUGAACUUCAGAAUCUAAGAGAACUGAGACUUGAUCAUUGUAGAAACCUAAUUGCAGUCCAUCAAUCUGUUGGAUUUUUGAAAAAGCUUUCUCAUUUAAGUGUUUCAGAAUGCACAAAACUUCAAAACUUCCUGUCCAGAAUGUUUCUACCAUCUUUAGAAGUUUUUGAUCUUAAUCUAUGUGAAAGAGUUGGUCACUUCCCAGAGAUAAUGCAAGAAAUGACAAAGCCAUUGAAGAUUUAUAUGAUAAAUACGGGUAUUCAAGAGCUUCCGGAAUCCAUUAGUAAACUUAUUGGGCUUGUUUUUAUAGACAUAUCGAAUAACAGGCAACUUAAAUAUCUGCCAAGCAGCUUAUUCAUGUUGCCAAAUGUUGAUUCCUUCAAAAUCGAAGCAUGUUCGAAACUUGGACAAUCCUUCAGAAGUUUGGUUCAACACCCUUCAAAAGUCAAUGUUCGUCCGAAAUUACGAUCACUGAAUUUUCAAAAGGGUAACUUGUCUGAUGAAGAUCUUCUUGCGAUUCUUUGCUACUUUCCGAAAUUGGAAGAAUUGAUUGUUUCAGAGAACAAUUUUGUAUAUAUCCCUUCAUGCAUCAAGGAAUGUGGUGACUUGACAAGUCUCGAUUUGAAUGGAUGUAAGAAGCUUAAAAAAAUUCCAGAACUCACUAGCUUGAGAAUUCUUGAUGUUCAUCAUUGUUUCUACCUUGAAGAAAUCUCAGAGUUACCGUCUACUGUUGAGAAAGUAGAUGCAAGAUUUUGUUUCAAGUUAACAAAAGAGACAUCAGACAUGCUAUGGUGUCAGGUGAAGAAAAGGGUUGCUGGAAUAGAAAUGGUGAUGCCAUUUAUAACUGAGAUUCCAGAAUGGUUUAACUUUGUGGGGGUGGGAAGGAUUCCUAGUUUCUGGAUUCGUGGCAAGUUCCCUAACAUUGUUCUAGCCAUGAUAUUCCACUUCCAAAAUGAGAGUGAAAGGAACAAAUUCGUUCGCCGUCGCCUUGUUGAUCUUCGUUUACUUAUCAACGGUCGAAAUGCUCCUGGCAAAGGGUACCGGGACUUCGAAAUUGAAGCAGAACACAUCUUGAUAUGUGAUCUACGAGUUUUGUUCAGUGAGAAGGAGUGGUUUGGGCUUGAUGCAUUGGUGGAGAAUGAGUGGAAUCUGGUGCAGGUUGAGUAUGAAGCCAGUUCGUCGUUGAUGAUAAGUGGUUGGGGAGCGUUUGUGUAUGAUGAAGGAAGCAACAUGAAAGAUGUCGCAUUCACUUGUCCGAAUCCCAUGUAUUCAGACAAGAUGCCACAGACAAUAAUUCCUGAGAAAGAUCCUAUGGAGAAGUAUAAAAAGAGGAUACGGGAGCUACGUCUGGACGAAAUAUUUAAGAAGACGUUGACGGAAUGGCAGGAGAACAAAGAAAGAGGAGGGGACAGGAGUCAUGACAAUUGCAUCCGUAUGGCAUUGGGACAAAUAAAGAAGAUAUCAGAGGAUGCUGAGGAUGCAUUGAAUUCAAAAGGGUCAGCUUUAGAAGAUCCAAACUCCUACCUGAGGUGGCUGCUAGAUACGUUAGAAAAUGAUGAUGGAAAGCCUAAAGAGAUUAUCAAAGGUGAUCUGGCGUUGGUAGUACAAAAGCAUUCAGCGACAGGGAAGAAGAAGGAGGAUAAUGUAGGAGAAGCUUCAUGCUCUAGGCAUCACGGAAGAAAGGAGGAGGAAGAAGGGUACGAUCCUGUGGUGGAAGCCCCAAGUAUCCCUUUUUAUACUUCAGUAGUCAGAGAACAAAGAGUAAACGAUUCUGUAGAGGCAGAUCUUCCGGAGGACAUAGUGAUGGAAUUAUUCUGUGAAGGAAUGAAGGAUGGACUUGUUGAGGCACAGAAUGGAUUUCCUUCUCUAGAUAUUGCUGAAACCAGUAACGCUGUGUUGGAGAAGGGUGAUAAGGUUAGAUGGGCACCUGAUGUAGAAGAGCAAAUAUCGGUCGAAAGUAGGAUAUACAUGACUGGAAUUUACUCUGGACUCAAAGAAGCAAAGCUGAGGUUUCCUGAUUUGGACAUGUGGACAACAAUAAAUACUGUGGCAAAAAGGAAAGGGAUCGAAGGAAUUUUUGUAUCAGCCUCUCAAGAAAAGCUGGGGUUCCCACAUUUGGAUUGGAGUACAGUGAAAGUUCCUCCUUCUGAGGACCCUCUGAUGCAAAUAUUGAUGAAGAUGAAGCAACAAAGUAAUUUUGAAGGCGAGGUGAUGAGUAAACUGUUCUGGAAGUUGAAGGAGGAACACGAAGCUCUGCGCAACAAAUUUGCAGAACUUGAUGAUGGAAAUGAAAAUGAAUAUGAUGAGUGUGUUGAGAAGAGAGAAGAGAAGCAUGAUGGUGUGGGAAAAUAUGAAGAGAUUAGUGGUGUUUUGAGAGGAAGAGGUGAAGAAAUAGAGAGGCUGUACGAUGCUGGGGUUGAAGGAUUCAAGAGAUCAGAAGAGUUUGAAGAUGUGAUGGGUGCAAUAUACUUGAAUGGGCUUAGGGCAGGACUCCUUGAAGCACAGGCUCUCUUACUUAAUCUCCUUACUCCACACAGAAACUGAGCAACCUCUCACUGCAGAUGCUGUUAAUUUUUGAAAUGAAAAAGUUGAAGAUUUGUUAACUUAUGGUCUUAAGAAUUUUGAUGAAAAAUAGUCUGAAUCACUUAUGUAAUUAAGCCAAGAUGAACACCCGUAACACAGAGUUAAAGAUUUGUCAGCUUGGCUUUUCUGAUUUCAUAUGCUUCUGUUUCUGGUUUGUUGAGAUGGUU